AGGCGCUCGAGAGUCCAUUGAAGCCUGCAGGAAGUGUGUUGAACAGGGCUGAGGAGAAAAAAGACGUCGUCGUCGCUCGAGCGCUUUCACUGAAGAGGGAUAAAAAUAUGGCGAGAGAAUGAGUUUAUAAUUAAUUCGCGCAGAUUAGCAAAGAACAGACGUCCUGAUCGCUUCGCGUGCUAUCGGAUGUUUCACAAUACGGUCACUGCAGCAUAAGGACAGACUUAAGGACCUCCUUUUCAGUCUCCCCCAUCUGGUGCCCUGCAUCUGUCCAGACGCUCUCUGAACCGCCGGGAUCCGAGUGGAUUUGAAAGGCUGACUGGAGCGAAAAAUCUGCCUCCCAGGUAAAAUGGCUGAUACCACAGAAGCAGAGAGCUGAGCAUCACACAUUGCCCCCCCUUUCUUCUAUGUUCGAGGAUCAUUUUAUGUGGACAUUUUCCCCUUCCAUUUCAAAUUUCUCAUCAUGGCUAUGCAUGAUAUGAAUCGUGCCAAGGGUUUUCCUUGCAAAGAAUGCGACAUGAUAUGCCCAAGUACACCUAGCCUUCUGGAGCAUAUGAAAGCCCACUAUCACCAAGAAGCAAUUGGCAGAUUUGAAUGUGAACAGUGUGGACGAAUUUUCAAGCAUGCCAGUAGCUUGGCGUCGCACAAAAAGUCCCACGAGCUGGGUUCAUUCCAGUGCCCAGUGUGUACCAGAACACUACCCAAUGCAAUAGCCCUGAAGAACCACCUUCGCAUUCACACUCUGUCUCCUAGUGCACAAGCUGAAGAGGAGAAUGAGGAUGGUGUUGAUGAAGAUAGGGAUUAUGGCUUAGCACAAGAUCUUUCUGACACAGGUUACCGGGGCCACCUGAACAGCAGCAGCAGCAGCAUGAUGGCGGGCCACGACCACGACAAGCAGAAGUCUCCAGGGUCCGAAGAUGCUUGGGACAGACCGUUCAAGUGUGACCAGUGUGACAGGACGUACAGGCACCACGGCAGCUUGGUCAACCACAAAAAGUCCCAUCAGGAAGGCACUUACAAGUGUACUGUCUGUUACAAGCAGUUCAACAAUCUGGCAGCACUCGGGGCCCAUGAGCGCACCCAUUCCAAGUUCAAACCUCCUGGGAUGUCCAUGGGAAGCCUUGUGCCUGAGGUGUCGUCUGAACAUCGCCCACCUGCCCCCCAAUCCGAUGAAAUGGCAGCCUGCUUUUGCCACCUCUGCCAGGUUUCUUUACCCAGUAAGAGUGACUUUCAGGAGCACAUCCUGUUGCAUAAUGCUGCAUCAUCGUCUUUGGGGCUGACACGUAGUUUUCCAGGGAUAGUCACACACAAUCUCAGCACUGUUCGUUCCCCAACAGUCAAUCCGUACACCCCAGCUCUUGGCGACCCUCUUCCACUUCCCCCUUUACCUGACAAACGUUAUGAUCAAAUGCUAGGUCCUCCUGUCAACAAUCCCAUUUAUACGUGUGCAUACUGUGGGUCUGGACAUUCCGAUGUGGAAAGUCUCAAAUUGCACUACUUAACCCAUGAGUCUCACCCCCCACCACAUGCUCAAGUAGGAGCCUCAAUCCUGAAUUCAGAUGGCCUGGGCUCCAACUCCCAGCCAUCUGUAUCCUCUCCUAGUGGGGAAUCCAGAUCCCAGCAGCAGUCCUCAACAGUUGAUGACGCAGACCGCAGGUUCAAGUGUCAGGAGUGCGGAAAGAGCUAUCGGCAUGCAGGGAGUCUUGUUAAUCACAAACGCUGUCAUCAAACAGGGCAGUACCAGUGCACCAUUUGCUGUAAGGAGUAUCCUCACCUUGCAGCACUUCACAGCCACCUCCGCAGUCACAAGUCCCGCCCAAACUCUCAGGGAAUGAACUCAGAAGGUGACUGGCUCUCUUCCGAGCCCAUGACGGGUCUAGAUUCCCAACAAGGCUUUGUGCAUUCUCAGGAUCAUGAGAAUGGCACGACGACUCCCAUCUCACUUUCUGGUAAUCUCAGUGAUGCUGCCCAUUUUGUACCAGAUGGUGGCCAUAGCAGUGGACUUGACUCACUGGAGUUCCAUGACCGCUUUGAUGGUUCGCUGGCUCAGAGCAACUCUGGCCAUCCACAGAACAGUCGCCAAUCAGACCGGAACAUGUGUGCUGAACAAGGCAGUAUGUCUAAUGGCUACAUGGGAAACAUGGGCUUUCACAGUUCAAGUGGUACUUCUUUACCAGCAAGCAGUUCUAGCCACAAACAAGGCAACCGGCAGCGACGUGGACAUGAGCAGUAUGGAGGAAGCCAGUCUAAGAGAAUCGAAGACAAAGAAGACGAUGCCGAAGUCUACCAGUGCACAGUCUGUGGGAACCAUUAUGCAAGUCUUCGGGCACUUCGUAGCCACUUGCGCAGCCAUGGCAUGAACCAAGGUGCCGGACCUUCCUCCUCCCUUUCACCUGUAGGUGAGCAAGAGUGGAGGAGGCGGCAAGAGGGUAGUCAAGCCAGUCUACUGGUUUGUAGUAUAUGUGGCCAGACUUUCAGUAAAAAACACGACCUUCUUAAUCACCAGUUGGUCCACGGACCUCCUCGACCGGGUGGCUCUGGACAGGGCUUGGGGGGCGGCAGCUCUAGUGCUAAUGGCAAAAUGGAUGGAAGGAACCACAUUUGCGUUGACUGUGGCAUGUUCUUUGCAGAUCGCCAUCACCUGAUCACUCACCUGUGCCCAGGCAAGGGGAGAGGCGGAGUGCUGAGCAAAGACUUGAACGGAGCUAAAGGGAUGAGUGGUGGUGCUGGGACCAGUAGCAGUGCUGUGGGCCACCGGCAAAUGUCUGGCUCGGACGAUCGGCCACAUAGGUGCGACCAAUGUGGGAGAGGUUACAGGCAUCCAUGUUCCCUUCUGAACCACAAGAAAUCACACAAGACUGGGGUCUUCCGCUGCCUAGUCUGCCAAAAACGCUACUACAACCUGCUGGCCCUCAAGAACCACCAGAGGACUCAUUUUGACUUAAAGAGGCACAAGUGUGAGGAGUGUGGCAAAGCCUUCAAGAUCCAAAAGCAAUUGAUCAACCAUCUUCGUCUGCACGAAGAGCACCGAGCCAAAACAGGUGGACAAGAUCAGCGCAUCCGAAGCAUGAAUCAACACAACGGGUCACGUUACGAGGGAGGGCCUUCACAGAUGCAGCAAAUGAGAAUGGGGGACCCCAAAAUGCAGAACCCUUCCCAGAUGAUGCCCAAUUAUGGCCAGCCACAAGGUUUUAAGAAGCCAUAUGCCGGGGCAAGGGCCCAGCAAGUGGACGAUGGAAGUGGACGUCGCCCUUUUGCCUGUGAUCAGUGUGGCCGCACCUACCGUCACGCUGGCAGUCUGGCUAAUCACAAGAAUCUACACAAAAUUGGAGAGUACCAUUGCAAUGUUUGCAACUCCACCUACCCCAACCGCCUGGCUAUGAAGAACCAUUUGCGCAUGCAUUUUGCUCUCAAGAAGUACAGUUGCCAAGACUGUGGACGUGGGUUUAGGAACCAGAGGCAGCUUGAAACUCACACUACUAACCAACUUUGCAAAGACCUUCCCGGUCCGAGUGUGCAGCCCACAAUGGCUCCUCCUCCCCCAAGUUACGAGUGCAAUGGAUGCUCUGAAUGUUUUCGAUCUUCUUCCGACCUUGCAUCGCAUAACUGCAGUGCCCAGCUUCCUUCCUCUUCAGCCUCCCUCAACAGCUCUGGUUUGACCAUGGACUCCGGAGACCUGGGAUCUCCAGAACGUGAGGAGCGACCUUUCUCUUGCGACCUCUGUGGCUGCUCAUACAAGCAUGCCAGCAGCCUUCUGAACCACAAGAACACACACAAGACAGGCAACUUCAGCUGCUCCUACUGUGACAAGCCCUACACCAACUAUAUGGCACUGCGCAACCACAUGCGCAUCCACACACAGAAGAAAAGGCACAUCUGCUCCACCUGUGGGAAAGCCUUCCGACUGGCCCGUUUCCUGCGCAACCAUCAGAGGGUCCAUGAGGAAGGACACGCUCGAUUCGGAUGCCCCACCUGCGGGAAGAGCUUCCAGGGGCGCUCUGGGCUCGCCAGGCACCGCUGCGGGGACAACCAGGUAGGCAACGAGUACAGGAGGAAGGACACUUCAAGCACUUCGAGAGAAGGGGCAGAAGAGUGCCGGUUCACAUGUGAGCAGUGCGGCCGUUCAUACCGUCACGCCAGCUCUCUGCUGAACCACAAAAACACACACACCAUUGGGAUCUAUCACUGCGCCGUGUGCCUCAAGACCUACCCCAACCUGCUUGCUCUGAAAAAUCACCGUCGAAUCCAUUCGGAGUUGCGCCGGCACCGCUGUGCAGAAUGUGGCAAGGCGUUCCGUGUCUUCUCUCACCUUCAGAACCAUCGCCGGCUUCACCAGAAGGAUCGCGAGUUCACAUGCACGCAGUGCCAGUGCACAUUUCCAAGUCAGACCAGCUUCCGUUUGCACCUACAGAUGCAACAUGGACGAGUCCAGAAAUCCUCACACUACGUCCACCAGCAGACUCCGCAAGGUUCCUCUGGCAGCAGUUCUGACCUUGGGUGGAGUUCUGGGCUUGACCUGACCCUGAUGCAGGCCUGUCACCAGAAUCCACCACAGCGCAGCUGCAACGAUGCAAGUCGCAAGUCACACGUUUGUGAUCAGUGCGGACGUGGCUACCGCCAUGCUAGCUCCUUGCUCAACCACAAAAACAGUCACAAGUCUGGCACAUACUACUGCAGCCCCUGUCAAAAAGAAUUCUCCAACCUGAUGGCAUACAAAAACCACCGCCGCAUACACACUGAGCCGAAGCGGUAUCAGUGCUCUGACUGCGGAAAAGCAUUCCGCGUGUCAACGCAGCUUGUGUGCCACCGUCGCAUCCACACAAAGGAAAAACCUUUCUCAUGCCAGCAUUGUGACAAACGAUUCUCCAGCAAGUCAAACCUGCGACAUCACCAAAAAGUGCACUGGUCCCAUAACAGCAGCGCCCCAAUGGGCACAUCAAAUUUCCUGUCAAUGCCAACUGGACCUUUUAUAUAAUAAAAUGCACCUGGGAGGAGGAACAUCUUGGUGGAGAACAGUGACAAUGUUUCUGGAGGUGCCAAAAAGUCAUUUCUAGAUACUGUGAGUGUGUGGGUUAAUUUUCAGAUGAGCAGGUUGUUUAGGUUUUAGGGCACUAAAACACACAUUUCCAUGCAGACAUAAAAGAGCUCGGUUAUUUAUCACCUUUUUCCAUCCUGAAUACUUCAAUUCACCUGAUUUAUUUUCAUCAACCUGACGUGAUCGCUUCAAGUCUUUACAUAGGAAUAGGCAUGUGCUGAUUGUGAGUGAGGUUUAUUUUAUUUCCCCCUGCAGAUGAAAAUGAUAUGUACGCAAUAUGCAUUGUACACCAGUGACUUCACUGUUUGGGGUGUAAGGGACAUUGUGUACAUUUUAUUUAUUUAUUUUCUUUUAUUAUAAAUUGGAUCAAUCCUAUUACAAAUUGAUAGAUCAUAGAAAAACUGGAACAUAAUAUCUUCUUUGCACACACACAUUAAUCACAGGUCAUCAACAUAUGCCUAACUGAGUGUAAAGAAUUAGCUACGAAGCAAACGCAGGUAAAACGCCACGUUAUAAUCUAGAGCAUCUUCACUGAUCACACGUUAUAGGUCAGAUCUGUUUCUGAUCACAUCCUGAUUUAAGUAUUCAUAAAGAAACAGUUUUGAAAUUUUAUUUAUUAGUCACAAAUUCAUACUCUGAAAGGUCACCAAUGGUUCUGUAUUACAUAAUUGUUUUUUUUUUUUACUCACAAUCGACUUCCUGGUAAAAACAAACACGUGUAAAAUACACAUUGUAAGAUUGAUGUAUGUGUAGGUUUUAGAUCUGACCACAUUAUAGGUCAUAUUUGAAAACUGACUGCAGUCGCCAUGUUGUGUAGAACUCUCAAGGGUGUUUGUUUUCGGUUCUCCCUUCCGAUGUUCGAAUUUUUCUAACUUGUGUGUGACGACGAGCUUCAAACCUAUUAUUAUUAAUCAUUACUAUUAAAUGUUACCACCAUUCUGCAGACGACGGAAAUGCGGUUUGCUUUCUGUUGCGCGUUGUAAUUUUAAAGAACCCUUGUUUAAAAAAAAAAAAGAGAAAAAUCAGCGCCUAAUUAGCUAGUGUAUAGAAAAUGAUAGGUUGUGCUUUUUUUUUUUUUUUUUUUUUUUUUUUUUUUUUUUUUUUUUGGAAAGAAUUGUUAAAAAAAAAAAAAAAGAACUAAAAAAGGCAAAACUUGUAUAUUGAUAGGCUUGUACUGGCAUUUUGGUUUUACCUUGUAUUGUAUCGUACUUCUGACUGUAUUAUUUACAGGAACACUUUUUUAUAAAACAUCACUGUAGUAUGCAUUUUUAUUUAUAUUAACCCCUAUAAUGCUAGUUUUUAGGAAAUCUCCUUCCACACAUUUUUUAUUUUUAUUUUUUUUAUUUGCAGUAUGCGACUGACUUGGAGUCGAGGGUGCCAGGACUCCUAAAGAGUUUUAGUUCUUGUAUCAGUUCUUUCCUGGGAUUUAUGCUUUUAACACAAUUGGGCUGUGUCUCAAAUCACCCCAAAUCCUUUGUACAAUAGACGGGGAGCUGUAAUAAUGUGUGUUUCUCCCGAUUGAGUGUCACUGUAUCGUUGCUCCGUCCUUGUGACUUUUCCCCUAAAAAAAUGGAUGUGCCUCUGUUUUACACUUUUAAGGGAUAAUUUUUUGAGAACAUUUACAAUCACUUGGGCAAUCUUCUUUUUUUUUUUUUAUACCCCUUGUAUUUAUUGUUUGUUUGGUUGGUUUUCUUUUUAUUUAAUUGCAUUUUGCAUUUCAUCCUUUAUUACCAGGAAGCACUGGUAUUACCAAGUCCAUUAUAUAAAAGAGCACAGUUAAAAUUGUGUGUAUAUAUAUAAAUAUAUAUAAAUAUAAGUUCCUAUAACCUGGAAUUAGGUGAGGAAGAAAAAAAAAGCUGAACUAUAUAACAAAUGUAGGUGCAUUGAUUUGGUAAGGAUUGACAAAUAAUAGAUUUCCAUUUUGUGUUAAACCUUUUUUUGUUUUUUUUUCUUUUCCCCUAUUUUCAUGCGUUAUAUAUAUGUACUGCUGACUAUACACUUUUUUUAAAACUACAUUUUGAUAAUUCAUUUCCUAACAGAAAACUCGUUUGGAUUAUAACCUUAACGCUCUCAAGUAAUUAAAAUAAAUAGCUGAAAACAAAA